UGAUCAUGACAAACAUAAAAUUUUCAGAAAGAGCAUACUGCAAAAUGGUGCUUCACGCUGCAAAAUACCCCCAUUGCAGUGUUAACGGGGUACUUUUAGCAAAAACACCUCCACUUAACAACAACAAAGAGGUCGAAUUCGUAGAUGUGAUACCAUUAUUUCACGUUUGCAUUAACCUAACACCAAUGGCAGAAAUUGCCUUAAUGCAGAUAGACGCCUAUGCUUCAAAAAGAGGCCUUAUCAUUGCAGGUUACUAUGUAGCCCCAGAAAAUAUCAGAGAUGAUUCCUUUGAUAGGUGGUAUAACAGAAUUGCUGAUAAGAUUGCUGUUAACUGUAGUUCAGCAUAUGUGGUCAUAGUCAAUAGUACUGAAACGGGAAUUCAGAAUGGCAGAAGAAUGUUGAGAGUGGCUCAGUACACUGAUGGUAGUUACAGACAAUGUGAAGAUCUGUGUAUUUCUGAUGAUGCUAUCAACAUUUGUAUUAAUGGAACAAAUGAAGCUUUGUACAAUAAAUUAGUAGAUUUUGAUAAUCAUCUUGAUGACAUUGGUUUGGACUGGACAAAUAGUUCAUUGAAUGAAGAUAUCCAAGCUUCUUUAUGA